AACUAACCACAUCACGCUCAAUUGAUCUAUCUACCUCGUUGUCUAUAUACUUACAGCCAUCACCAUUACCAUCGCCAAGAAAAUCUACGACCAUACAACCACCCAUCGCAAACCGAGAACCAUGCACACCACACACGAAUACACGCCCCCACCCCUCCCCCCUCCCUUCCACCACCACCACCAAACCACGCCCGCAAACCCACCAACCCUCCUCACCCAAGGCGCUGAAGCCCACCUCUACAAAACCCACUACCUGAGCGCCGCCCACCCCGCGGCCCUAAAAAUCCGGCCCUCCAAACCCUACCGCCACCCGAUCCUCGACCGCCGACUGACCCGCCAACGCAUCCUCCAAGAAGCCCGCUGUCUGGCCAAGCUCGUGCGCGAGGGCGUCUCCGUGCCCGCGCUCUACGCCGUCGACUGGGAGGGUCAGACCGUCACCGAUGCCGACACGGGAGCCGAGCGCUACGGCGGCGCGUGGUUGUUGAUGGAGUGGGUGGAGGGCGACGUGGUGCGGGUCGUCGUCCGCGAGUGGGAGGGGUAUAUGUUGCGGCAUUUUGGCGAUGAUCGAGAUGUGGAUGGCCAUGUUGAGCGGAAGCGUGAGGAGGAUCGCAUGAAGGAUUUUUUACGGAGGAUUGGUGGUGCUGUGGGGAAGUUGCAUGCUGCGGGCGUUAUCCAUGGGGAUUUGACGACUAGUAAUUUGAUAUUGAGGGGGACAAAUCUGGGGGUUAAAAAGGAGGGAGAAGGGGAUGCUGUGGAUGAGGGCAGGGAUGGGCUUGGGCAUGUGGGGUUGGAGGGUGAGGUCGUGCUGAUUGAUUUCGGGCUGGCGGGGCAGAGCGUCCAGGAUGAAGAUCGUGCCGUCGAUCUUUAUGUGCUGGAGCGCGCGUUCGGCAGUACGCAUCCCCGCACUGAGGGGUUCUUCGCUGAGGUUCUCGAGGGCUAUCGCGCGAGUUAUCGCGGUUCUGUCUCGGUGUUGAAACGUCUCGAGGAGGUGAGGAUGCGCGGCCGCAAGAAGAGUAUGCUGGGGUAGAUGGGGUUCAUUCUAUGUGCAGCUAGCUAGUGAUGAUAGAAAUGGGAUAUGAC